AAGGACUGUUCCUUCAGCAGUGUGAUACUUAAAGACAGGAGGACAGGAACUAUCUGGUGCAGGCAUGAAGGACGGUACUAUCACUCGUGCCCUUUGUGUUGCGAUGUGGUGGGUGUGCAUGGUGUCAGGGAUGUAUGAUGACGGUUGUCCCUCGAGAGCAGAGUGUAUCCCCAAGCACCAUUGUAAACACGGGACUGUGCGGCCGAGGGACCCAAGUGCUUGUGGAGCGGGGCAUCGGGGCCACCUCGUGUGCUGCCUGCAGGUCCGUGGAGAUAGGUACGACAAGAGCUCGUAUGGCAUGGAUUACUACGACGACCGUUAUGGCAAGUUGUACGCAAGUCCUUUAUCAAAAUUUGCUAAGGAAGUGUUGCAUAACUACAGGCACAAAGAUGAGUGUGGAGUAAGAUACCAUUCACCGAAGGACAUGGCACGAGUGUCCACAGGAUACAUCGGUGAUAAAGGAUUUACAAGCUUUGGAGAGUACCCGUGGCACGUGGCGUUGCUCGUCCGAGAAAGGCAUCACCGUUUGCCGUUCGUGCGACAACUAACUACAUACAGAUACCACUGCGGUGCCACUCUGAUCCACCCUGUGUUGCUGCUGACUGCCGCUCACUGCGUCAAAGGAAUCAAAAGGAAUAGGUUGAAGGCUCAUCUCGGCGAGUGGAACCUGUAUAGCACAUCUGGCGAACUAUUUCCUGCCGUGGAGAGACGAAUAAGCAAGGUCUUCAUUCACAGUGGGUACAACCCGGCAACGUUCUUGAACGAUAUCGCGCUUCUUCAGAUGAACAGACCAGUUGACACAACGAAAACUCCUCACAUCGCCCCAGCGUGUCUUCCGAAGGACUCGUACAAGUUCAAGGAUGACCAGAAAUGCUUCAUAGUCGGAUGGGGAGAUGAUGCUUACAAGCCUAUUCUUGGAAGUAAUAUACUCAAAGCCACCUCGGUGACUUACUCCUCCGAAGAAGAGGAGUGCGCAGACAAGUUGUACGCCUCCAUCCCUCACAUUAGUGAUGAAUAUACUCUGGACCCUGACAGUCAGAAGUGUAUUGUUGGGGGCUAUGGGCGCGAUGCUUGUACGGGCGACGGUGGCGGUGCGGUGGUGUGCCCCUUGGACAACAAUGAGGGCCCUGACGCAUGCCACGAACACGACUGUGAAGACGAACACUACUUCGUGGCCGGCAUAUUGUCUUUCGGCUCUCCUGUGUGCGGGGAGGACUCGGUUACUAUAGUUACCGAUAUAGUAAAGAAGAUUAAUUGGGUUCAUACAAUAAUCAGUCCCGCAGGUGGCCUAAAAGAUUAUGACUACCUGUUUUAUGACAAAGGCCCACAUUAUAAAAAGAGGACCGCAACGGACCACCAGACGCCGAACACCACCACCACCACAUCCUGAGGCCUCGUGUUCUGCAAGUGUAGUAUUUGUUGCCGACCAGUGGCGCUUUGAAGUAACCUAAAGAAAGGAAGUGUAUUAUGGAAGUCAAACGUGCAUAAUUAAUGGUAACUAAGUAGAAGAGGUUAACAAUUAACAUAACUAAGACAAAUGCUCAAAAUGUUCUUAAAUUCGAAGUGGAAGCUCUCUCGCCUAUCAAUAUUGUUGGCUUGUAAAAUAUUUUACUUGUUUUGUCUGAUUUAUCAAAUUUAUCAAUAUACAUAUGUGAAGCUGUGAGGUUGAUAUUCUUAGAUGUAUUAGCACUUUAUAUUUGAAAUGUUUUUUCAUUAAUACUUUUGCAUUAAUACUUUAUAUUUGAGUUUUCUUUGUAUUAAUGUGCCUUUCAAGCUUGUACUAAUGUGCCUUUCAAGCUGAUGCAUUACACUACGCAUGAUGGAAUAGACUUGCUUCGUAUGACUCACACACUCCCCGCAAGAAGAUAAACAUUAGAUAAUUAAAUCAAAAUUAAAAUGAUUAAUAAAAAA